AUGGAGAUCUUCCCGGAACAUGUGCGACAUCUGUGGAACGAAUGGGAGCUGCGGACGCUGGUUUUGAUAAGCCUCACAUGGCAGGUUAUCCUCAUCAGACAUGGCUCUCGGAGGAAGCAUGCCCGCGGCAGCUUUGUUAGCUUUCUCGUUUGGGUUACAUAUCUGUCAGCAGAUUGGUUAGCCACAGUCUCGCUCGGCACACUUGCCAACGACCAGGGAGACCAAUGCAAACAAGAUAGCAAUCAUGCGCUGCAGGCCCUUUGGGCUCCUUUCCUCCUCUUGCAUCUCGGCGGCCCUGACACAAUCACCGCUUAUGCCUUAGAAGACAACAUCUUGUGGAUAAGGCAUUUACUCGGUCUACUUGUCCAAGUUUCUGUCGCCUUUUACAUCUACAUAAGAUCUUGGAGCACCAGUGCGUUGACUUUUAUAGCCAUACCAGUGUUUGUUUCCGGGAUCAUAAAGUAUGCAGAGCGCACUUGGGUUCUGAGAUCGGCUAGCCCGGAACAACUUGAAGAAUCUUUGCUCUCCGCUCCUGCCAUACAAGCUCCAGAUCUCGAUCGUUCUUAUGGCAACCCCGAGCUGGAGUAUGUUCACAGAGGAUACUACUUGUUUCCUGUUCUCAGGCGUCUCUACGCAAAUCUGAGCCUAAGGUUCGCAGAGAGUCAGCGAACCUACAAAUUGAUGGUGAAAAAGGAACAUGUGGACGAUGAGGAGAAACAGAGUAAUUAUGCUUUUAAAUUGGUUGAGGUCCAGUUGGGUUUUCUAUAUGACUUGCUUUACACAAAAGCAACUACAAUUUACACUCUACCGGGUCUCAUUUUCCGAUUCAUUAGUGUUCUAUCCACAGUGUCUGCUCUAGCUUCAUGUGUUGUCUUCCUUAAUGUUCAUGAGCAUGAGUACUCAGGGGUUGACAUUUCUAUAACAUAUUGUUUAUUUAUUGGGGCUAUUUUACUUGAGCUUUAUGCACUUGUGUCCCUUCUUUUCUCUGAUUGGACUUUGAAUUGGCUAGUCAACAAGCAAAGUUCACUGCAGAAUUUCAUAUGCCGGGCUUUGUCUCGUUGUCAGAAAAGAUGGUCAGGAGAGUUAGCUCAACACAACUUGUUGAAUUUUUGCAUAAAGAAGAGGGUAACAAGAUGUCUCGGAAAUGAUUUUCUUUUCAGAAUCUAUUUUCCGAUGGAAUUAUACUGGCAAAGGACAUGGGAAGAUGUAGAUACUGAUCUCAAACAGUUUAUCUUUAUACUUCUCAAAAGAAAUCAAAGGGAGUACGGUUUAAAGCGAUUUGACUACAAUUUUCUCAAGGAUUUGCUUUCUUAUAAAGGUGACCAUGCUUUGAGGUUUCACGGAGAGAUAAUGUGGAGCGUUGAGGUUGAAUUCGGUCAUAGCAUACUCAUCUGGCAUAUUGCAACCGACAUAUGCUAUCAUUCUACAAAAGCAGCAGAAUAUCAAAAGAAAAAAUGGGAAGCGAGUAAGAGGAUUUCCAAUUAUAUGUUGUAUCUUUUACUCAUGCAUCCCUUCAUGCUGCCUAAAUGGAUCAACAGGAUUACACACAUUCGGAACACUUUCAGGGAAGCCAUAAGGAUAUUGCAGCGCGAGCAGCUAUCGGUGAAAGAUGCUGCAAGCGCUUCGAAAUUGCUGAUUCAAAUGAACACGCAGAGUCACCGGCCACUCGAACAACUCCGAAGGGAAAAGGCUGGCAAGUCUUUGCUACAUGAAGGGUGCCGCCUUGCUUUACAGCUUCAAAAUAUAUACAGUCCAUGUGACAUAAUUUGUGAUGUGUGGUUAGAGAUGCUUACUUAUGCUGCAAGUCAGUGUGACUGGGGGGCGCAUGCUCAGCAACUCCGAAGAGGAGGAGAAUUUCUGACUCAUGUUUGUCUUCUCAUGGCGGAACUUGGUUUGAGCAAACAAUUUGACAUUGGCCGGAAGGAAAGCAGCGUAGAAAGCCAAGAUGAUGGAUGGGGAUGCCUAAAAAGUAGAUUUCUCAGUUCUUAUAAGUGA